GUCAAAUAAGUCUCAAAUGCGAUGGCAGGAAACGGAGAAGUUAUUCAGCGUUCUUGCGAGACUCCUGGCUGUGAUAAGGAUGCCAAACUACAGUGUCCAACGUGUAUAAAACUUUCUAUUCCCGGGUCAUUUUUCUGUUCACAGGAAUGCUUUAAAGGGUUCUGGAAUGAUCAUAAGAAAAUUCACAAAAAAGCAAAAGAUGAAUCUGCAAAGAACAGUGGUGAAUACAACCCUUGGCCUGGAUUUAAGUUUACAGGUGUACUCAGACCACACAGAGUAACACCCAAACGUAUGGUUCCUGACACAAUACCCAGACCUGACUAUGCAGAACAUCCAGAAGGUAUACCCAUCAGUGAGAGGCAGAUGAGAGGGUCUACAAACAUAAAGAUUCUGUCAGACGAAGAACAGGAAGACCUUAGAGUCACCUGUAAGUUAGGAAGAGAAGUGUUAGAUAUAGCAGCUGAUGCCACAGCAGUGGGUGUUACUACAGAGGAAAUAGACAGAAUUGUUCACGAGGCCUGUAUUGACAGACAGUGCUACCCAUCUCCACUAAAUUACUACUGCUUCCCCAAGUCAUGUUGUACGUCAGUAAAUGAAGUUAUUUGUCAUGGUAUACCAGACAUGCGGCCGUUAGAAGACGGUGAUAUUAUGAAUGUUGACAUUACUGUAUACCAUAGAGGGUGCCAUGGAGAUCUUAAUGAAACUUUCUUUGUUGGAAAUGUAGAUGAAAAAAGUAAAAAACUGGUGAAAACGACUCAUGAAUGUUUAGCUAUGGCUAUAGCAGAAGUCAAGCCCGGUGUUCGGUACAGAGAGAUGGGAAACAUUAUCCAGAAGCAUGCCCAGGCUCAUGGUUUUUCUGUUGUUAGGAGCUACUGCGGUCACGGCAUUCAUCAAUUAUUCCAUACAGCCCCCAGUGUCCCUCAUUAUGGCAAAAACAAGGCUAUUGGAGUGAUGAAACCUGGACAUUCAUUCACCAUAGAACCAAUGAUAUCAGAAGGUACUUGGCGUGAUGAGAUGUGGCCUGAUAACUGGACAGCUGUCACUCUGGACGGGAAAAGAUCUGCUCAGUUUGAACAUACACUGUUAGUUACAGACAUUGGCUGUGAAGUGUUAACAAGACGCCGCGAGAAAGAUGGACAGCCUCACUUCAUGGACAAGUUAUGAGUUCUCAAAUAUGGAUUUAUAUCUAACAGUUGUUUGUACUUAACAAAGUAUUUUGAUAUGAUUAAAGUGAUAUUAAGGAGAACAGACACCAUGAAACAGCUUCCUGCUUUUAAUGCUUUGUUAGGAUUAAUUCUGGUUAUCUUUUUAAUUUGUGAUCACAUAUUAAGAAUAUCAAAUAAAAGAAAAAGAAA